ACACCCCUAUCACUCACCUCUCUCUCUCUCUCUCUCUCGAUCUUUAACAAGUGAAAAAGUCAGCGCCUUCUUUUGUCUCUCUUUCUUUCUUUGUGUACAGUGAUAGGCAAAAGAAGGAGCACAGAGAGCAGAGACAGUACAGAUUCACAAGCCUUGUCUCUUCUUUAUCAAAUGGAAGACGAUUGGGAUCUCACCGCCGUGGUCAGAGGCUGCUCCACCGUCCCAACCACCACCACCACCACCACCACCAACAAGCCAACCAACGCUUUCAUCACAGACCACUUCCACACAAGCCCUCUCCUGUCUUCAUUUGGUCAACAGGGUUUUGUCUCCAACAACAACACUCAAACCUUCUCUGUUCUUCCUCUCCCUCCAGAUCCCAUUAAACCCACAAGUGCAAUUGAGGAACUGCAUGAUCUUUACAAGCCAUUCUUCCCCAAAUCUCACCAAACCCCUUCUCUUCUUUCUCCACCCCCACAAAUCACACCACAGCCCACUUUCUCUUCCCCUCAACCUCUCCACAGACACCAACAACAUCAGCCUAAGCUUUCUGCUACUAAUCCCCAGCGCUCCAAAAAGAGAAAGAACCAGCUUAAGAAGGUGUGCCAAGUACCAGCGGAGUCUUUGUCUUCUGAUGUGUGGGCAUGGCGUAAAUACGGACAGAAACCCAUCAAGGGCUCACCAUAUCCGAGAGGUUACUACAGAUGCAGCAGCUCAAAGGGUUGUAUGGCCCGGAAGCAAGUGGAGCGGAACAGAUCCGACCCGGGAAUGUUCAUAGUCACCUACACGGCGGAGCACAACCACCCUGCACCGACUCACCGCAACUCGCUUGCUGGGUCCACGCGUCACAAGCCUGUCUCUUCUCCCCAGUCGGGUUCCGUCACGGGCGGUGACAAUACCAAACCCAAGGGCUGCUCUCCGUCGCCGGCCACGUCGGCGGAGGAGGAGCUUGGUCGGAGCACAACAAGGAUGGAAGCGAAAGAAGAAAAACAGAGUCCACUGGCGGAUGAAGACGAAACAGAGUACUUUGGGGUGUGUGAUACGAUUGUGAGCGAUGAUUUCUUUGUGGGUUUGGAAGGUCUCGCCGGAGAUUACUUUUCCGAUCACUUUACGGUCAGCUUCGGCGGCCCAUGGAGUUCUGGUAAUGCUGCCACCGCCGCCAGUAGUAUCUGAUGCUCAUAGAAAAGUCAGCUAUUUGGACAAAUUUUUUUUUUUUUUUUUUUUUUGGGUGUCUUUUUUGGGUUAGAGAGAGAAAGGGGUGUAACUAUGGGUGGAAUCUUUUGAUUUAACAGUGGUUAAUUAUGAGGGUUAUUAGUAGGGUAAAAAGGGGCUUCUAAUUUUAGAUGAAACAUCUUUUCUUUAAUUAUUGGUUUAUUUUUGGUUUGAGACUUUUGGAGUAAAGUUAAUGGUAAUGAUUAACUACUACAAAGAAUAGUGGAACUUUGUUCA